AUGACACCGGUAGGGGACGACGCGCCAGAGGCACGCACGCAGGGGGACGACGCGCAGGAGCGCGCCAACCAAUCGGGGGACGCCGGCAAGGCGUCUGAGUCGCAGGAAACACCGGCGGAGGCGUCUCCUUCGGGCAACGAGCGUCGAGUGCGCUUCGCGGGCAACAACGACGACAAGGAGGGCGACAACGGCGAGAAGCACGUCGACGCGGAUGGCGAUGAGGUCAUGGAGGGCUCCACAGUGGAUACAGAGGCCAAGGAGAGUGAUGAUCGGCUGAACGCAGAUCCCAACGGGUCGAGCAGCCUGAACAUAGUUUCGGCUACCUUGAACGCAGGCGAUAAGGCUUCAGAUGAGCACUCAUUCCUCGCGCCUGGGUGGCAUGAACGCCGGCUCGUUUCAAACGCCGAAUAUGCAGGUCUCUCCACGUCCAAGCUCGUUCCUGCGUCCAGCUUCAACUUCGCCGACGAGAGUGUUCAGCGUCCAGUUUGCUGGCUGGUGUCACCUCCCAUCGCUUCCGAUAUGCCGCUCAGAGUGGUUGGAGUCCCGGCGUCUGCAGACGCGGUUCACAAUGGAGCGCGUUUUCACGAUGGAUAUGGUGGGCUGGAGGUGCUGCAGACUCUCGAAACCCUCACCGACGAGGACUACAAAGACCUUGAAUCAGUCAUUGGGCCGAAUUUUGCUUCGGUGCUCAGUGUCUUACGAGCUGAGCGACUUGCCGAACGCACUUUCAACACGGUGUCGUUCCUGAAACGGCUUCUCAACAAAUACCGGCAGCUGAAAUUGGCGAUCGAGUCCAACGGCCAGACUUCUGCACAGCACACGGUGGAUCUGCUGGACGUGAACGAGGGUCUUCGGCGCGAAUGGGCUGUCAUGGAAGUGUACUGGAAGGAGGAGGUCGAACGCAUCACUGCGGCCAAGCAGGAUGGCGAAUCCGCGUUCAAGCAGAAUUUCAUCCGUCAGCAAGAAGACCACCAACAUGCACUGAAUGCGCGUGCAGACGAAAUUGCCGAACUCAAGGACCAGCUGCAGACGUCUGAAGCUUUGUGUGAAGUUCUGUGUCGAGAGAUUCGCGAGAAGACUUUGGGCGCAUGGGCAUUCAGCGAUUUCUUGGAUCGCGAACCACAAGUCACGGUAGCAGGGAACUGGAAGCGCCUUCAGGAGCUGUUCGGACACUUUGCGGAUGGCACUACGCCUCCUGCUGGCGGGAUUACAAACAUCCACGUGGUGGCCAUCGACCAGCCACAGUGUGUCUGUGGUGACUACGCAACUGAACGCAAGAAAGCCAAUGGUGGCGACUCUGCGUCCAAGCUUGUUCCUCCGCUCAAGAAAACGGUUGAUCUCACUGGGGGCAACGCGGGGUCCAGCAAAUCCAAGUCCAAGCAAUCUGCGUCCAAGGGAAAAUCUGCGUCCAAGGGUUGUCGCAAGAAACUGUCCUGGGAUGAGUUCCUGAAGAAACGCCAGCUGCGUCCAAGCAACUAUCGACCCAGUCCGCAGUUGGCUCUUCCAGCGUCGUCCAAGCUCGCUCGUUCCGAGGAUGAAGCGCGAGAAGUUCUCCCGGGGCCUCAUCUGCUCUCUUCCAGUAGCAGCGGGGACUCCGAAUAUGAGCAAGAAGACGAUGUUGAACCUGACGAUUCGGAUGUUGCACCCAAGGUUCCUGAAACUGUGGUUCCAGCGAAGCAGUCAUCUCUUGCGGCCAAGCGCAAACUCGACAUGCUUGAAUCGGGUGCGGCCAACCAAAAAGAAGGUUCAUUGCUUCGUCGCUCGCCGCGGAAUCAAUCCAAGGCCAAACCAACCCAGUCUGGAUCUGCGGUCAAGAAAGCGCGACUUGCGGCCAAGGUCAUCGAGCAGCUGAUGGAGUCUCCACGUAAGGCUACUGCUCUGGCUAGAAUCUCGUUCAAGCGUCUGACGUUGGAACAGCUGAGCAAGAAAAGCAAGCCUCAGACCAUCGGGUUCCCAAAUUACGCGCCGCAGAAGGGCAAGAUGAUCCAGAAAAAGCUCCCCUGGAACGUCAUGUUCGCUGAACGCACAAAAGUGCUGUACUGCCAUGAUGCGUCCAAGUUGAGCGCUGAUACCAUGCGCGGUCUCAAGAAGCACAUCCGCCGGUACAAAACCCAUCUCAAGAAAUUGGUCAAGAUCAAGGAUUUCCCUGAAACGCUGUUUCAAGAACCUGGCAUCUGGCCGCUGCCGCAGCGUAUUUGCAACUGGAUCUGGGAGGACUCUCGUGUCGUUGAUUCAGACGGCGAGCCCAAGCCCCUGCGUCAGCAGCUGGUCGAGCUGGACGAGCGUGAGCCUGCCCGCACUCUUUGGGCGACUGCAGCCAACGAGGUUGAACGCACCAAGUACGUUUCAGCCGAUCUCCGCGCCAACCACUCGAUUCCACUCCCUCAACGCGCUCGCAACUGGAUCGUCCCUGACCGCCUGGACAACGAGCCCGAGGAGGAGGAUGACGAAGACGACGACGAGAUGAGCGAGUUCGAUGACGAUGACGAGGAAGACGAGGAAGAGGAAGACGUCGAAGAAGAAGACGUCGAAGAGGAGGAAGUCGAGGAGGGGUAA